UACGCCGUGGAUCAUACACUGGUUGACGUCAAGCAAGUGUUCGGAAAUUUUGCCCUGGACGUUUUGGCAACGUGCGCGUUUGGUAUCGAUUUGCGAGCCCAGAAUGAGCGUGAUAAUAAUUUCAUUUAUAACGCCAAAACUGUGGUCAGUCAAGGCAUAUUUCGAUAUUUAAUGGCGUUGCUAUUGCCCAGGUCAGUUUAUAACAUGGUGGUAUUGAGGUCUGGUAAAGGUCAAUCACCCGAUGAAUACUUCCGUCAGUUGAUUGACAGUAUUAUUAGCGACAGAAAUAACGGCGAAUUGUGUCACCAGUUUAAAGAUUUUAUUGCGUUAUUAUUGGAGGCGGAGGUCGACGAUAAUGACGCCACAAACGGGUCGACACCUAACUCUCAGCCAAACCGUAAACGAAUAACAAGCGACGAAAUCGUCGCCAAUAUAUACGCCUUUCUGAUCGUCGGCUUCGACACCAUUUCAAACACCCUGUCGUUCGCCGCAUACGAGUUGGCGCGCAAUCCCGACGCCCAGCGGCGGCUGUACGACGAGAUUAUUGCCACCUCGCGAGCCUCGCCACCAGCAGAGGGCGCGCCGAUUGUCGGCUACGACCAGUUACCGGAAAUGCCGUUUUUGGACGCCAUCGUAUCGGAGACCCUACGACUGCACCCGAGCUCACUGUUCCUCAACCGGUGCCCAUCGAUGCCAUACACCGUCGCCGAUAUGGGCCUCACCAUCGACGCCGGACAGCCGGUCGAGAUAUUGGUGUACGCCGUGCACCACAUGGCCGAGUACUACCCGGAACCGUAUCGGUUUGACCCUGAUCGAUUUAUGCCGUUAAACCGCAAUAAGGUACAGCCCUAUACGUACCUACCGUUCGGGGGCGGACCCCGAAAUUGCGUGUCCAUGAGGUUCGCCAUUUUGGUGAUCAAGUUGACGUUAAUCGAGAUGGUCGUCCGGUACCGGUUUGACGGCACCGGUAGCUCGUUAUCGUUGGCGCGCAGUCCCACACACCAUACACUCGACAGAUGUAUGGUUCGAUUCGAGAAAGGACUGUAA